AUGGAUAAGAAGUACAAGAGACUGGAAGAACUAGACGAAGAAGGAGUGGUGACUUUACUAGAGAAGUGGGACUUAGAGGAGUUCGUAGAGUUCGCGAGGGAGAGGACGCUGGACGGGAGGAAGCUGUUUGAUGUCAGCGAAGGAAUCGUGAAGCUAUGGAGACCAAAAGCAAAUGCAAAGAAAUUCAUGACAUUCAUUGAAGACAUGAAACUGAAUCCAAAGAAAUAUUUAGAAAACAAAGACGAUAACAUAACAACGGAAAAAAUGGAUUUCAAAGAAACAACAACAACAAACAUACAUACACAAAAUAUCUGCGACAAACAGGAUAUCGAGAGCCAGUACCAAACAGUCACGCACAGGCGAAAGGAUGGUGAUGCACAAACUCACUCGAUGAGCACAGUCGAAGAAUUAAUCAGAAGAAUUGUACCAGCCAAGAGCUUUCUAUACAGAAACCAACAAAAGGCUGAACGAACACCUUCGUACCUGCCUAUGGAUGCUGGCACUCCUAAGAAAAAGAAACUUUUCAGACUCAGUUCAUAUGAGUAUCCUUUCUUCGACAUAAGGGCGAGAUUCUCCAGACAAGAAAGUUCAAACGACAGAGGGUACUACGCCAUGAAGAGGAACAGCAGAUAUUACACAGCUAGGUCUUACAAGAAAUCUGAUUCUAGAACUAAAUAUAAAACGCUAUCGACUCCAGAGGAAUUCAGUGAAAAAUGUCCAGAAGAUCAUUUCUACGAAGACUUGUGUUACAAUGAAGUUGACAAAGACAAAGAUAAGCCAGUGGAACAAAGAGUAGUUAGUGUUAAACCUUGUAUAGUUAAGAUCCAAGAACUGUUUCAAUCAUUCAAAGUGCCCUUUUUUAAGAAACAUGAAAUGUUGGAGGAUUGUCCUAGACAUAUAGAGAGUGAGAAAUCAUCGAAUAUUUAUGAGAACGACAGUGUUGCUAAUAUGUACGACUCGGUACAUGUUAUUAGACCUGUUGAAGACGAAGUGAAUAAUCAAACGAAGAUCCCAGUAGAAGAUUACCUAGAGCCAGUGCAGCUAAAUAAAGACUAUUGUGAUGUGAACUACAAACAGAAGGAUGACUCUCUACUGGGGUACAUACUCAGCAUCUUCGAGAACAGAUUCGGGAUUCGAAGAGAAACAAAUGACGACCAUCCAUCAGAAGAAUCAGAAGCAGAGUCUCAUAAAGCUGAGAGCACACCGAGCGAGGACGCAGCCCGCAAAUGGCCGGAAUCCCGCAAGUCUGGUGGGACGAAUAUGGCUGACCGACCACUGCCCGUGCCGGUGGAGAACGAGCCUUAUUACAUGAACGUGGACCGGGCAGAGGCCAUCAACUUGUUGAAGGGACAGCCCGAUGGCACCUUUAUAUUGAGGCCGUCUAGUCAGCCUGACCAUGCGUACACUCUAAGUGUAGCGUGCUCAAACGCAGUCCACAACGUCGGCGUCCGCCGCAGACCGGACGGUCGGCUGGCACUCGGCUUCCCUCGGCGCGGGGAGCAGAGCUUCGCGAGCGUGACGUCACUGCUACGCCAUCAUCGCAAGAGGAGGCUCCUGCUGGUAGCCGGCGGUGACGUCAUCGGAGCCACCACGCUCAACGAAACUCCUCACUACUACCAGAGCCCUAGCAGUAUUCCUGUACCAAUUGCUAAUUAG